UGGAUUAAUGAAAUAUGAGGAGAUUUGGGCAUGUUCAACAGAAACCACAUCUGGAAUUUCUCUUCUCUUUGGGAGAGAACGGACACAUCUUUAAGCUGACUUGUAGUUUUUAACUUUUCCCUAUUUCUGGUUGUCAGAUUCUUCUUUUUUGUUCCCACAUCAAAAGGUCUUAAUGGUUCCUUUGUGAUUGCGACUCGUCCUUUUGUGAGCCCUUGCACACUCCCGUGCGUGUUAAUGUGUGAUGUGGUCAGCCGGUCAGGUGCCGUUGGCGAUGCCUGCUGUGUGCCCGCGUGUAGGGGGUAAGGAGUGGUGUUUUCAGGAUGCGGUAGGGGUGGACUGCAGCUCUCCAGAACCUCGCUGUAUCUGGGUGGCGGUUUUACACAGGGAUGCACCACAAAUAAAUGUUUCCAACCUCCAAAAUGACACUAUUGAAAGCACCAAUGGCAUCAGUGCCGGCAGAGCUCUACCAAGACCCUCACAGACCUGCAGGGCAAAGGGGCGGAGAGAUGGGUCCUCUUCAUCCAGUGAGAACCCUCGGCCGGUGGUCAGGAGUGGGGCAGAUGGGUUGGGUGUGUCCUGGCAGGGUCCACGAACACUGGUGCUCCAUAAGAACUCUCAGGGCUUUGGCUUCACACUACGUCACUUCAUCGUUUACCCGCCAGAGUCUGCCCUGCACACCAGUCUCAAGGAUGAAGAGAAUGGGAAUGGAAAGGGGCUCCAUCAGAGUCGUCUGGAGCCCAUGGACACCAUCUUCGUUAAGAAUGUGAGGGAGAAAGGCCCCGCCCACCAGGCUGGCUUGUGUACAGGAGACAGGCUGGUUAAAGUGAAUGGAGAGAGUGUGCUGGGUAAGACAUACUCGCAGGUCAUUGCACUGAUUCAGCACAGUGAGAGUGUACUGGAGCUCUCCAUCAUGCCAAAGGACGAGGACGUGCUGCAGCUGGUAAGUGCAUAUUCCCAUGAUGCCUACCUAAGAGGGAACAAUCCAUAUAUAGGAAAGGCCCAAAAUCUUCCUCCACCACCCCCUGUCCUCUACCCUCCACAUACAAAAUCACAGCCUCCUGCGCUGGCCGGCCCUGCCCCAGCUUCUUCAUACAUGGGGCAAAACCAGCUGGACAACUGGAGCCGCUGGCCCGGCUCCUCCUCUGGUCCCUCUCCACCCCUUGACAACCGGACAGUAGCUUCCAAUGCUUUCUGGGCAGCCGAGGGCAGGAGCUGUGAGCCAGGAGGUGUUGGUCACAGUAGCCCUGCACACCGAACUGAGGAGAUCCAGUAUGGAAUGACUGACAGGGGACCACAGGCAACCGGACAAAUGAGAGGACGCUCAUAUUCAUCAUCUUCCUCCUCAGGAGGGAUGAUGAGCCCAUUGCAUCAUGCACAUCUCGCAAACCACAACAUGGGUACUGCCGUGGGGCACAUUGGAGGCCGCAAGGAAAGCCCACCUUGGGCCAGUCCUUCUCAGUCAAUAUCAACACCCCCAUCCAGCCGCAGCGAAUGCACUCAACAAGCCCUUUCCAACUGGUACUAUAGCCAAGUACCAGGUCGGGAGCAGGAACGAGAGCGAGAGCGAUCUGUUUCUCGCUCCAUGCACCCACGCCACAGGAGUUUCUCGCAUGACCGUCUAGGUGAGCUUGGGAGGGCCAAGCGUUCGCAGCAAGCAGGUUUUCCCCACAGUGCAUCACAAGACACAUUGCUGUUGCUUCAGCAGAGCUCAGCAGCAUACACUGAUCCCCACUGGAACCAUGGAGACUGGCGGGGUGAGCAUGUGUAUGGACAGCACCCAUCUGUAGUGGCCUAUGGGCGCAAGUCCUCCGAAAACCUUCUAGUAAGCCAGUACGGACAUUCAGCACGUUCACUGGAAACUCUCGACAGAGCUGUGGGGAUACUUUCACCACGACUCGAAAGAUCUACUUGGGUCCACCAGCCCCCAAACAGGACUGAAAGCUAUCUGAGACAUGGCGGACAUUGUGGCCAACACGCAGAGUCACAUCACCAAAUCCAGCAGCACCAAGUGCAACACCACACACCACAACACCAUCAACACACACCUCAGCAUCAAAACGUCACACAUGCAGCACACCAACACUCAUCUCAGACUUCGCAACCACAGCAGGCAGCUCCACUGGCAAGACGUUUGCCAUCUUGCCAGAGUCUAGAUGAGGAGCCGAUUGGCUAUCGUAGCUACAGCCCCUCUUUCAACCGGAAGACUGGCCGUAUCUUGCAGCAAGCCCAGUCAUUUAGAGACCCCUCUUACACGGGUCCACACCUCUGGACCCCUACACCCAAGACCAGUCCCCCAGAGGGGCUUCCACCCUCGGCCUCUCCUUCCCCAGCUCCACCAACCACCUCUUCUACAACUUCUAUUCCCACAGCCCCUGAAGGACAAGACAGAACUUACCGACCCACUAAUCAUGACAGAGGGGCAGGGGAAGCAACAGGUGAAGCCCAGACACAGGAAGUGGUUCUGAGGCAGAAACCACCCACCGGACGCAGGGGUGCGAACGCCCUACGACAUCCACAUUACGGCAUAGCACUUGACUCCAGUGACCCUCUACUCUUUACCUCUGAUCCUACGGAGCCCCCUGCCAAAGUGGAAAGUGCUAUUUCUUAUCGCCGUACGAACGGUAACCUACCACCACUAUCCAUAGAGGAUGAUUCUCUCGCGUCAAUUCCCUUUAUAGAUGAGCCGACCAGUCCAAGUGCAGAUCUGCGGGCACGUCAUGUCCCUGCCUCCUCCGUCGUGUCCAGUGGCGGUAUAAACUCUGCCCCUGCUGUGGCCACAAGCCCCGCCUCCCCAACCUUCACCUUUCCCCUCAACCGCCUUUUCUCCCACGACUGCACAGGGGAUCCCAAGUCUAAUCGUCGCUCCUCUUACCUGCUGGCCAUCACCACUGAACGCUCCAAGUCAUGUGAUGAGGGGCUUAAUGCAUAUAGAGAAGAGGGGCGGGUCUUCUCGAGGAUUCCAAAAAGAGUCAAGAGCUUCUUUACUGAAGGGUCUCUGGACAGUCUGGGUGCUGCGGCAGAAGCUCGCUCUAAACGACACUCUACCUCGGAGCUGGGCAGCAUCAGCUACAGUGACGUGAAGAGAGAAGGCUGGCUCCACUUCAAACAGAUCCACACGGAGAAGGGCAAGAAGGUGGGUAGUGCCAUCUGGCCUUGGAGGCGGGUGUUCUCUGUGCUUCGGUCCCAUUCUCUGUUCUUGUACAAAGACAAGCGAGAGGCAGUGCUCAAAGGGGCGGUGCUGGGAGGCGGGGCUGAAGAGGAGCAGCCAAUCAGCAUCCGGGGUUGCCUUGUGGACAUUGCGUACAGUGAAACGAAGCGCAAACACGCGUUGAGGUUGACCACACAGGACUUCUGUGAAUACUUGCUACAGGCGGAGGACAGAGAGGACAUGCUGGAGUGGAUCAGAGUCAUCAGAGAAAACGGCAAGACUGACAACGAGGAAUUGGGUUUCUCACGACAGGCUCUCAUCAAUAAGAAACUUAAUGACUACAGGAAGCAAAGUCCAACAGGUAAUAAACCAGACUCCUCACCCAGAGUGCCUCGAAUGACAUUUCUGCUCAGUAAGCAAGACAACAGCCCACCUCCACGUUCCCCAAAACACGAGGCUAAAGAUGAGAGCAGUCCCCCUAAAUCUCCUUGGGGCAUAAAUAUAAUGAAGAAGGCUAAGAAAGCAAGUCCUAAAGUGUUUUGUGUGCGUCUAGAGGACUGCCAGCCUGCUACCAACAACAAGUUCAUUCCCCUGAUUGUGGAGAUCUGCUGUGGGUUGGUGGAGGACAUGGGUCUGGAGUACACAGGGAUCUACAGAGUGCCAGGAAACAAUGCAGUAGUGUCCAGCCUGCAGGAGCAGCUAAACAAAGGAGGAGACAUCAACAUCGCUGAGGAGAAAUGGCAAGACUUGAAUGUGGUCAGCAGCCUACUAAAGUCCUUCUUCCGUAAACUCCCAGAACCCCUCUUCACAGAUGACAAAUACAAUGACUUUAUUGAGGCCAAUCGGAUGGAGAAUGCCAGUGACAGGCUAAGGACAAUGAAGAAACUGAUACGUGAUCUCCCAGAUUAUUACUUCCACACUCUAAAAUUUCUAAUUGGACAUCUAAAGACUGUGGCAGACCACUCUGAGAAGAACAAAAUGGAGCCACGUAAUUUGGCACUGGUGUUUGGCCCCACUCUUGUCCGGAACUCAGAGGACAACAUGACAGAUAUGGUCACCCACAUGCCUGACCGCUACAAGAUUGUGGAGACACUCAUUCAGCACCAUGCCUGGUUUUUCAGUGAAGAAAACGAAAAAGAUGAAAAGACACCAGUGGACACAGAGGAUGUUCAGCCCGCCCCAAACAUAGAUCACCUCCUCUCUAAUAUUGGUCGGACGGGCCCGCUGGGGGAGGCAUCAGACUCAACCAACAGUGAUUCUGCAAAAUCUAAGGGGUCGUGGGGAUCAAAACGUGACUUUACUCCCAAGGAUAUCCUGACGUUUUCGAUUAUGUCGGCUGUGACCCGCAAACGCCGGAAACGGCAGAACGGCCGUCUCCUCGGCAGCAGCACAGACGACGAUUCUGAGCAUGAACCCCUUAAAUCCUGCAUCUCCGAAAAAGACGACUUGCAAGAGAUGGGGCAGGUCGCAUCUUUCUGUGCCCCUCGAGCGGAGGGAGAAGAUGAUGAAGAAGAAGAGGAGGAAGAGGAGGAGGAGGGUGAGAGACAGAAGGCACAAGAGCAAAAAGAAGAAGUAGUUCCCAGCAUUUCCUCCACAGAGGAAGCGGCACCAGCAGUGCUGCUGAGUGAGGAGGAAGAGCAAAGGUCUGAAGUGAAAGGUUGCAGCUGGCGAGGAGAUGAUGCACGGUCUAUUGUGUCAGGUUACUCUACUCUGUCCACUCUGGGGCGGAGUUUAGCAUCAGAGGGGCGCGGUGAAGAUGCAGAUGAUGAGCAUAGUGAACUGGUGAGUGAAACCGAUAACGAAAGUGGAUUUGCUUCACGCUCCCUCACCCAAGAGAGGCCAGAAAAACCAAGCCGUUCAAGCCAGAACCCACACGCCUCACCCGAACCAACCGCACCACGCAGUUUUCUCUAUGCACACUGCAAAUCGCAGACACCUUCUGCUGCCUCUGGCACAACCUUUGCUCCGCCUCCUCCUUCCCUCACAACCAGUCCUGAAGAUGGCGCAGCACGUUCAUCUACUCCCUCGACCUCCUCUUACUCAUCAUCCGCUUCCCAGCGCCUCCACAGCCGCCACUCUUUUAACUCCCACCGCCUCAUACAGUGCGACACCCUCGCACGGCGUCGGCUAAAGGCAGACAAAGCCAAAGCACCCUCAGUGGACCUUUUGGAACUGUCCAGCUCCUCCGCCACGGAGGGAGAACGGCGGUCGGGUGCAAAUCAAAUCCCUGAUUCCUCUCUGUCUCCUUCCCCAAAAGCCAAAUCCUCCUCCAAAGGGGUUAGCGGGCGAAAUGAGUGCAUGGCAACAUCCGCAGCCAGUCCCAGAAGCUACUUCUUGUCCACUGGGCAGGGUUCCCUGGCGGAUCAGGUUCGGGCUCGUCUGAUGGGCUCGGCGGAUGAUCUACGCAGCAUUGGCCUGAGGAAGCAGCUCUCGCCAGAGACGCGCCGAAAAAGACGUGCAUGGAGGAGGCACACUGUGGUGGUCUCUCCUACGGACAGUUCAGACAAAAAAACACCUGCGCCACCCCCCAAACCGCUAGCUUCACCCUCCCCUGUUGAAAACCAGGACGUUGGAGAGUCCCACCCAGAGUGCUCAGAGACUGAAGACCCUACUGCACAACGGGUCCUGCCUACCUCGCGCUUUCGUGAUUUCUUGUACCAGUGAUGGUGUGUACAGGCUAGUGAACCAAGAGAGCUGGAUUUGGGUUGUGUUGUAGCUGUGUCCUCAGUAUGUUCACACUGACAGCGAUUAUGUGGUUGCCAAGUACUGUUGACUGCCAGGUGUUCAUACUCACUGCAGUGUCCAACUAUCUCGUGGCGGAUGAUGUGAGCGUCAUUGUGCACCAUUCAAAAUUAAACUGAGUUUGAAUUUGAACAGAAUUUAAAUUGAGGUAGCAAACAGAAUUGAAAUUUUAAUUGAAUUAAGUGGAAUUUAAAAGUAACUGAAAUUCAAAUAAAACUACAACAAGGGCAUUUUCAGACCUGUAAUGCUUUGUUCCGGAACAGGGUCUUAAAUUGUUGCAAUGUUGCACUUUCUCCUCGGUUCGGUUCGCUUUCACAAGGCAACAUUUCACUUACCAAAAUGUGUUUAUGCAAGUCACAUGUGUGUAAAACGGUCCUCUCAUUGGUCAGAUCGCACCUGUUUAUGUUCCAGGAAUCCGCUCAUCGUGUCAUCCGUCAGAAUGGAUUGAUGCACACACUCAUAUGUUUCAAUGUAUAUGUAUAUCAAGGCUUCAUUGGGUCAGCAUUCUUGCAAUACACCUGUUUCAGAGAAGAGCAAUAACAUUUUUAAAUGAAGAGAUGCUCUUUGGUUUUCAACUAUGAUAAAUAAUGUGCUCACCCACCGAAUUAAACACUGAACGCAUUUCACAUUAUGAAUUAGGAUACAGCUUGGAUUGUUGGUUCAUUAGGUCAGAUUGCGUUCUCAUCAAAAGCAAACCACUUUAGAGUUCGGUUUCAGUCGGGCCAAGACCACCUCGUUCAGCCGUUCUCAGACCGAUUGUUUUGGUGUGGAUCUGAGUGUGAUUAUCAUUUCUAAAAUAACUCAACUAAAGUAGAAAAUGUGUCAGGUUCUGAAACAAACGAUACAAGCAAGCCAGGUGUGAAAACACCCUAAGCGUCAUUUGUAAUGAGAAAUUAAAGAGUUAUCAAGACAAACUUCUGCCUCAUUUGAUGUCACCUAUAGACAUUUGUACUUAUUUUUAUGUAGAUUUUUGCUUUUUACAAAUUGUUUCAUUUUAUGGACCAAGGUGGAAAAACACUUAGGCCUGGUUUCACAGACAGGGCUUAGAUUAAGCCAGAAUUAGGCCAUAGUUCAAUUAGGACAUUUAAGUAAUUUUUAAUAAACAUGCCUUAGAUAAAGACAUUACUUGUGUGCAUCUUGAGACAAAACAAUGGCACUGACAUAUUUUAAGAUCAAUCAGUG